AAUGAAUAAUAUUAAUCGAAAACAGUUCUAGGGAAACAGGGCUCAGGACUGCUGACUAAGAAUUCCAGUUUAUCACACUGUGCCUCAUACCACUCCUUUUCCAUCUACAGCACAGAUGAUAUAAAAAUGAACUGACCAACUGACCUUCACUUCUACCCACAGACUGACUGGUGUGACAUUCAAGACCAAUCAUGAGCAGGAACUACUUGUCCAAAAAUGAUGAGCUCCGCAGGGGAGACUACCUGCUGUCCAACAACGGACAGUGGAAGGCUAUUUUCCAGGAUGAUGGUAACUUUGUCAUCUAUGGCUGGAAGCCUGUGUGGGCUUCAGACACUUAUGGAUCAGACGCUCAUCGCCUGUGCAUGCAGGCUGACUGCAACCUGGUCAUGUACAACAAGUGUGAUGAACCCAGGUGGCACACAAACUCUGCCAAAUCUGACUGCAACAUGUGCCGUCUUCAACUGACCGAUGACGGCAAACUGGUGGUGAACAGGGAAUGUGAUGAAAUCUGGAGCUCUGCUGAGUCUAAAGGCAUGAAAUAAUGUCUUACCAUGACAUCACAAAGCUUUUUAAAUUGAAUGCUUUGCAAGAGAAAGUCAUCUUUGGAUGUCAGCGUGAAUAAGAGUAAAGCUGCCUGCCAUGUAAUCUGGUAUCAAAUAAAAGCUCUUUUUCACAAUGUA